ACUUUUCCUGUAGCGUUUCUGAAACGUGUUUCCUACUUUUGGAUACUGCUUGCCCCCGAUCAAAACCAUUAGGCUACAUUAUUGUCACUCUGUCGUUACAGUUACUUGAUUGUUGUUGUCAGUCACACCAAAACCGGUGGUCGGAUCUUGCGUCAAGUUCCGCGUUUUCGGAAAGUGCCGAAUUUCUGACUCAUUGGCACAGACUCACAGGCUAACGUUAAGAGAUACUGUAUUCUUGAUUGAGAUGUCUUUUUUGUUAGCUGAAUAGAGCUACGCCUCACCGCUGGACGAGUCUUGUUUGGAGUCGAAGAAUGUCUCCACUGCCUCCUUCCGUGCUGUUGGAAAGAUGAUAGCCGUAUAACCCGCUGUCUCGAAAGCUGAUAGCGUUGUCUCAGUUCUUGUGUGGUUGCCAUGGAGGAGAACCAGCUUGUGUUCUCCGCUCUGGAGGCUGCGUGUGAAGAUGCCAUCGCCGCGCUCUCCAGGACCACGGGGACGGGGACGCCGGCCGUGACGGUGGUGGCGAGUGACGGCGAGACGGCCUCGUGUCGGCUGCUGGAGUCGGUGCGGCUCAUCCAGGUCCACGGGCGCGCCCUGCAGCCCUUGGUCAAACACUUCACCACCGUGUACCACCACUUCGACCUGGACCCUCAGACGCCUGCCAAUGGAUACCGCACCCUGGUUAAGGUGGUGCGCGCCUGCCUGUUCCACAUCCUCGACAAGACGCGCUACGUGGCGGCCAACUGCGGCAGCGCCUUCUUCCGGACGGAGCACAACGCCGGCGAGCUGGAGGCGUACGGCCAGGCGCUGUGCCAGCUGCGGGCGCUCAUGCACCUGGGCCAGAGGCUGCUGGCGGAGAACGGCGUGGAGCAGCUCUACUCCACCCAGGACCAGGGGCUCAGCCGCACCUUCCUGCAGGAGUACAUGUCCCUGCACAAGGCCUGCUUCUACGGACGCUGCCUGGGCUUUCAGUUCUCCCCAGCCCUGAGGCCUUUCUUCCAGACGGUGGUGAUCGGCAUGGUCUCCUUCGGGGAGAACUGGAAGAAGCAGCAGUCUGGGAUAGGCCGGGCAGCCCUCUCUUUCUUCACCUCUGGGAAAUACGUGGUGGACCCGGAGCUCAGGGGAGCGGAGUUUGAACGCAUCACUCAGAAUCUGGACAUGCACUUUUGGAAAGCCUUCUGGAACCUCACAGAGUCCGAGCUCAUCUCAGGUUUGGCCAGUAUAGCGGCCAAGACGGUGCAGGUGAACCUGACCCUGACUAUUCCCCCGGUGACCCUGCGGCUGCCGCUGGCCUCCGACCCACGCCUCUGCGUAGCCGUCCACCCGCCCGUCGCCCACUCGGGCCCCGACUGCGUCAAGAUGAGGCUCAUCUCACACACGCUCCGAGAAGGACAGGACAGUGAGGAGCUGUUGGCCUACUCCCAGCCCGAGGGCUCGGUGGCCGCCAAGUCUUCUCCCCUGGGUCGUCGCCCACAGAAGGGACCCCUCUCCCCCUGGCUCAUUGUGCACUUCCACGGGGGCGGAUUUGUGGCCCAGACCUCCAAAUCCCAUGAGAGCUACCUGAAGAGCUGGUCUAGAGACCUGGCGGUGCCCAUCCUGUCUGUGGACUACUCCCUGGCCCCUGAGGCCCCCUUCCCCCGGGCCCUGGAGGAGUGCUUCUACGCCUACUGCUGGGCCCUGCAGAACUGCCACCUGCUGGGUUCCACAGCGGAGCGUGUGUGUUUGGCAGGAGACAGCGCUGGGGGCAACCUGUGCAUCACGGUGUCCAUGCGCGCCAUGUCCAACGGCGUGCGAGUACCCGACGGCAUCAUGGCCGCCUACCCCGCCACGCUGCUCACGGCCGACGCCUCGCCCUCGCGACUCCUCACGCUCAUCGAUCCCAUGUUGCCGCUCGGGGUCCUCUGCAAGUGCAUCAACGCCUAUGCAGGUGUGGAGUGUGGCAAGGUGGAGUGCAGUGAGGAGCUGAGCACGCUGGGGGCCCUGGGCCGGGACACGGCCACCAUCCUGACGGACCUCAGCCAGGGGGCCUCCAGCUGGUUCCAGUCCCUCCUGGACCCCGUCUCCCUCUCCAUGUCCUCCGCCGUGGACACCGACCGCUCGCCGGAGACACAACGACGGAGGGCUGGAGGGCGGGAGGAAGGUGGCGACGCACCGGGGACGAACGGCAGGGACGGCCGGCUGGAUUACCCAGAAGGCUUUGUGCCUCUGCGUUCAGAGCAGCUGUCGGAGGUGCGGGCUCCGAACUCGGCCAUCUUGAAGAACCCGUAUGUGUCGCCCCUGCUGGCGCCCACUGACCUGCUCAAGGGACUGCCUCCUCUACACAUAGUGGCGUCUGCUCUGGACGCCAUGCUGGACGACUCGGUGAUGUUUGCCAAGCGGCUCCGAAGCAUCGGCCAAACGGUGACCCUGACGGUGGUGGAGGACCUCCCCCACGGCUUCCUCAGCCUAUCGCAACUCUCCAAGGAGACCCAGGAGGCCUCGGAAAUAUGCACUCAGCGAAUCAGAGAGGUCCUUGAACAAGGCCCGCCCUCUGCGAACUGCGCGCGGCCAGCAGUGGACAUGAACAACCACAUCAGGCCGGUGGCGGACCCCUUUGGGUUGGCCAGAAGACACGAGGAAGCGGACGAGCUGAGUGAUUAACGCUUUGAGGAGUACCAUCACAAAUAUGUGAUUAGAAUUUUGCCCAAAUUUUGAGUUCUCAUUAUGAUGUCAUAAUGUCUUUGCGAGAUUUUUAACACAGACGUCUAUGGGAGCUGUAGAGUGUUCCAGUAAAAUUCUAGAAGAACCUCUAGAAAUUCCUUACUCCUCAAAGGGUUAAAGGGGAUUGUAACGGGACGAACGGCCUGAUUGGUCUUUGGAGUUUGGAGACCAUGUGGCAAUAACCAUGCAGUUCUAUUAAAGGGACCACUGUACUGUGCACCACUGUGCAUUAUGCUUAUGUAGCAAUAUUAAAAAUUGAAUGUAAACGAAAGCAUUGCAGAUGGACAAAAAGGAAAAAAAUAUGUUUUACCCUCUUCGCCUUUGCAUAUGAUCAUGUAUGCAUACCUUUUAUAUCAGUAUAUAUAAUAUAUCAUCUUGGAAUUAAAUGUUGGGCUUUUAACCUUUUCAUAAAUGUUAAUGUUUAUACCUUUUAAAGGUUCACAUAGCAAUAGCCGUUUACCAAUGGCCUGUGGGAAAAUCCGGAAUGCCUUAAUCUAACAGCAAUACGGGAAUAGUCUUGAAUUAAGACUAGUCAGUUUACUGUAUCCUUUAUGUUUACUGACAAAACUCUGGGUUCUACUCUGCACUGCUCCUAGAAUUUAAAUGUUGGAAAAAAUAUUUAUAUUUUAAAUGUAAAACUCAGUGACUUAUGUUUUCUGAUUCAUGUCUGUAGUGUAAAAUGAACAUAAUUAAACUGCGCUUUCACACCGGACUGCUCAAAUUCAUGUCAAACUUCAGGACCCUCUA